AUGCUAAUAACAGAUGAAAGUGAUCAAGAUUCUAGUAAUUUUGUAGUCCCAACUGAAUAUUUUCCUGGAAUUGACUUGAUUAGCAAGAUCAUUUUGACUGACGAACGAAUCAUUGACAUUAUAGCCAAAACUCUUGUUAAAGCACCAAAAGGUUCAUAUGUUAUUGAACCAAUAGAAUUUAUACAUAAAGGCGUGUGUAAUGUCUUAUAUAUUCCACAUGAUCCUCCAAAUAGUUUACCACCCAUAGUUAUCAACACCAUUGAGACCUUUGAUGAUACGAAAUUCAAUCAAAUCAUCCAACAAUGCACCAAUAUUUUUGAAAUGUAUAACACUCUUCCUAUUUGUAUAAUCAUUGCUGUCCAGCAACUUGAUAAAGACAUUAUCGAGCAAAGCUCGCAACACCAAGAGUCGCCAUUCCUUAGAGAAAUACCGUGUGCGUUUUGGGCAAGGCAGUGUAUAUUAGUGUCAUCAAAGGAUGAUAGGCACAACAAGAGUAAAGUAGGAUACCAUCCUUUAUUGGAUAUUAUAAUUGCUAUUACAAGCAAUGAUAAAGUCAUAUUAUCUAAUGAUGGCUUAUAA